AUGUCUCGUCAAUCGAUGGCACCCCCGCGUCCGCUAUCACUGACGGAGGAGCUGGAGAAAUUAGAACAGUCCAUUACGCUCACGCUCCAAGAGAUCGAUCAGAACUUCAGCACAGCCCACCGGAUCGUCACUUCAAGUAUUCUUCCUUGUGUGGAGCAGUAUGCAGAGCAUUCUCGCGAUGUCUGGGAAGGUGCCAAGUUCUGGAAACAAUUUUUCGAAGCAAGCGCCAACGUGUCUCUUUCCGGCUACGAAGAACGACCCAACGAGGGUGAUACAACGCAGGAGCCCACUGCCACAGAGGAAGAACUCUCCGCAGAUGUGACCCAGAGCACAGCCGGCGAAGAACCCGACCAGACCUACGCGACGCCAUCAUCUAAACGUCCGGAUCUGCAACAUGGUCAUGGUGAUGAUAUUGAUCUGACCGAGCUCACCAUAUCGUCGCAUAGCACCCCUCGUGCACCAGCUCGGCACACCGGCGAAGACGACAUCACCAUUUCAUCCAUCGAACAUUCUUCCGAUUACGAGAACCUAAGGAAGCAAAUCAAUGAAGACGACGCACCCUUCGACAUGCCAGACUCGUCAACCCUCCCAUCCACCCCAGGCCGACAUAAUUUCUUCCCCCAUGGAGCCUCCUCCGGAACACCUAUGUCGUCUCCCUUCAUUCCACCCGCGUCAUCGAUCAAGUACGAAUCCACACCCGGCGAUGCACGAUACCAGAAACCCUCGGAUCCCGUUCUUCAUCAGGUUCUCGACAAGACUUAUCGUGUGCAAGCAACCCCUCUCGGCAAGGGUUUCAAAAACGUCGGCGGAGGUACAGCCACUCGCUCCCAAUUCAACAUCACACCCAAGCCUGCCACAUCGACAUCGCGGUUUGGCUAUGACGACUCACCGAUGUCCAGUCCAGAGCUCGAGAAGCCUCAGAUGCACUCGGAGAUUUUCUCAUCGCCUAUUAAAGGUGUCAACACGCCUGGAACAAACCGCAAGCGGCGUACCAGUAGCAACCGUACUCGCGGCACCCCGAAACCUGGUACAAGUGUUUUGACACCUGCGAAGCCCAACAUUAAUCACUCAAUGUGGGAUAGUGACGAUGAUCUUGAUGACGAAGAUUUCGGGCCGAGUCCUCCCAAGACCAUGCAGUUUCAUAUCCCGCAGAGCAGGUUGAUGAAGACUCCAGGUAAGAGCUGCACAUCCAAUUUUAUCAGAGAAGAGAAGAGUGCUAAAUUCUCAUGGAUUAAAGCCAAGGAAGCUUCCAAGCGCAUUGUGACCGAUCUGCUAGCUACGGCUGGAGCGGGUGACAUCACGGACGAUUUUGAUGAUGAUCAGAGCCCGAGUGUUAUUCGACGAACGGAACGUCUCGAGGAUGAGACAUUUUAG